UCACAUUUAUUACAUUCACUUAAGAGUUAAGGCUAAACUGAACUCUUAGUAAUACACUCUGAACUCUGAAGACAUCGUACCAUACGUCGGAUAACGGACGACGGACAGACCACUGACUUAUCAGCUGGAUGUGGUCUUUUCGUAAAGUAAAUCGUUUACAAUCACGUUAAGAAUAGGUGUGCACAUUCACAAAACUCAAUUUCGGAUUUAAAUAUAUAUCGUUUAAAGUUGUAUUCGAUUUAAUACUGUUGUCUUCCAACUAUCAAACUUAAAAACCUAUUUUAAAAUGGCCAGAGGUCAACAAAAAGUGCAAUCGCAAGCUAAGGCAGCUGAAAAACAAGCUAAAAUGAAAAAGCAGCAAGGGCAUAGUGCUAAUGAGCAAAAAAAGGCAGCACAAAAAGCGUUAAUACACGCUUGCACGGUUUGUAAAGCUCAGAUGCCGGAUCCAAAAACGUAUAAGCAACAUUUCGAAAACAAACAUCCAAAAAAUGAUAUGCCAGAAGAAUUAAAAGCUAUUUAAUAAUUACUCAACAAUUUUAACUGAUUGUAUGUACAUUAUUCAAGUAACUAAUUUAAAAUAAAUACUAUGUUCUAAAGUUUUAUUAAAUUAAUUAAUUUUAAAUAAAAAGUAUCUUUUUUUUGUAAUAAAUAUGUUUCAACUCAAA